AUGGAACCCGCCUACCACUCAUAGGCCUCCCAGGGCCCCCUCCCCCUGGAUCAACCAGAUCAGUUGCCCCCCACCUUCCUCCAGGGUAGAAACGGGGAGUCUGCUGCCUGGGAUGUUCAGGACCAAGCUCCAGGCCUCCCAGCCCCCAGCGUAGAGCCCCAGCCACCAGCGUGGCCACACCAUGACACAGGAGCAACUCCAGGGCCCCUGAGACUUUCGGGAGGUAACCUGGGAAACCCGUGGAACAGCGAGAGCGGCUUGCUGAGCCUGCGACAGCCCAGCGAGGAGAAAUGCAGGGCAAGUGACGCCAGCCUGUUGAGCAGCGGGUACGCAGGGGAUGAGGAGAACAGUGAGGUCAGCCUGGUGGGCGGCACUCCCACCUUGAGGUUGCAGAGAAGGCUCCGCGCCCCGGCGGUCAGCACCCCGACCAGCCAGCUGUGUGCCGUCUACUCGCCUAACCAGAUCAGGAGCCGGCUGGCCAGCCGUGCCUGCAGCAGCAAGCAGCCUGGAGGGGAAAAGUGA